CGCACUUGGAGCAGCCUGAAUUGUAAGGCAACAGAAUCUCAUAUAUGAGUUCAGAUUAGACGAGUAUCCACACCGAAUGAAUCACAUCUCCCUUUUCGACCUUUCGACAAGCUGGCAAUAUGAUGCAAAGGAUCCAUUCUCGCGGUAGCCACUGUUACCAGAGUAUUUCUACGGUUCAUCCAAUAAGCGUCUCCGCUUAACCCUCCAAGAGAUCGGGGUUAAGACGCAGUUAAAACCUGACAGAUGAUCCCUCGUGCAGACUAUUGACCUGCACUAGAGGGGUUUAGUCUCAACUCUUUUCUCCUCUUUUCAUUUUCUUCCUGCAGAAAAUAUACCCUUAGUGGCGCCCAUAGUAUCACUGACUCAAGUCAGUGAGAAGAAGUGAGAGAGAAAGAUUGGGGCCGUCGCCAACAUUAAUAAUCCCCAGCAUGACGACGGCCAGCAAUGCCAAGCCGCCGCCAACUGACCCUCAGUCUUCUUCCCCAUACCCACCAGAAGCGACCGCUUUCACCCGCAAUUUCGUCCCGUCAUUCUCCCGACAGAACCAGAACCCGUGGACUUCUCCCCAAUCGACUAUCCCCGGCCUAUCGAACGAUGACCCGCGCCUUGUUCUUGGGGUACCCGCACCCGUCAUGAACCAGCCGGAGUCCGACGAGUCCCCCUUGGCCUCUUCCGCAGGCCUGACUUUGGGCCACGAUGAUAGCGCCCUCCCCGACGAUAUCGAUACGCAGAGUCGGGCCAGCUCGCGCGACCCCGGUAGCGUCCAAACUGGGGGCGAUAUCGGACACCCUGUAGAAAGCGGGUAUGACCAUCAACCUGAGGAUGGUCGGGGCGACCCCGCACAGAAUGAGGAGCAAAGAGGCGAAAAACCGCCGUGGAGUGAUAUGAAGACGAAGGCAGGGAAGGAGCGCAAGCGCCUACCCUUGGCUUGCAUCGCGUGCAGGAGGAAGAAGAUUCGAUGUUCGGGUGAGAAGCCCGCGUGCAAACAUUGCUCUCGCUCUCGGAUUCCGUGCGUAUACAAAGUCACUACCAGGAAGGCUGCGCCUCGAACGGACUAUAUGGCGAUGUUAGAUAAACGGUUGAAGAGAAUGGAAGAUCGCGUAAUCAAGACUAUUCCGAAGGAUGAGGCGAGGGAUAUGGCAUCGAUCGGGCGGUCGGCAGUACGGCCUCCCCAGCCAGGGCAGACCGCGAGGAGCCAGAAGAAACGGUCGGCCGACGAAGCUUUUGCAAAUGAGAUGGGUGAGUGGACCCGCGGCGAUCGCAAAGCCUCGCAGGAUAUAUUCCCUAUGCGCCGUGAAAGUAAGCCCGGCGAUGGGACUGGCCUGAUGACCGAGGGUGCAGAAUUUCUACCCUCGUUAGAGAUUCAAGAGCAUUUAGCGGAAGUUUUCUUCGAUUGUGUAUAUGGGCAGUCGUACUUGUUGCUCCAUAAGCCCAGCUUUAUGCGCAGAUUGAAGGCUAGGACUGUUCCUCCAGUGCUGAUCCUGGCUGUUUGUGCGGUAUCGGCUCGAUUUUCAACUCAUCCGCAAAUUAACUCCGAACCACCUUUUCUGCGCGGAGAGAACUGGGCUAAUCCGGCUGCUGCAAUAGCUCUAAGUCGCCACGACGCACCCAAUAUUACUAUUCUGACUGUCUUUCUGCUCCUUGGGCUUCACGAAUUUGGAACUUGUCAUGGUGGUCGAAGUUGGUCUUUUGGUGGCGCUGCGCUGCGCAUGGCAUACGCUCUGCAAUUGCAUAAUGAGCUUGAUUACGAUCCUUGCUUAAGUCAGAACAAUGGUGGCAGCUCCCAGCUCAGUUUCACAGAUAGGGAGAUUAGAAGACGUACUAUGUGGGCCUGUUUCAUGAUGGAUCGCUAUAACUCGUCCGGAAGUCAGCGUCCUCCAAUUGGAAACGAAAAGUUCAUACAGAUACAGCUACCUAUGAAGGAAUCGAACUUUCAGAUGGAAAUACCCGGACCCACAGAGGAUUUGGAUGGGAAUAUACCCAAUCCAGUGCCAGACAACGUUGGGCAACUGUCCAACGCGAAGGACAAUAUGGGAGUUUCUGCAUAUAUUAUUCGCGCUAUAGUAUUAUGGGGACGUAUCGUGGAUUACCUGAACCUUGGGGGAAAGAAAAAAGAUAUACAUCCGCUUUGGUCACCCGAGUCAGGAUACUCUCGCCUCAAACGACAGAUCGAGGAAUUCUCGUCAUCUCUUCCAAGCCAUCUAUCAUUCACUUAUGAGAAUCUUCAGAUCCACGCAGCUGACAGGAUCGCCAAUCAGUUUCUGUUUCUGCAUAUAAUUAUUCAUCAGAAUAUGCUAUUCUUAAACCAGUUUGCUAUCCCUUUAUCGCCAGGUGGUCGACCACCACGAGAUAUGCCUAAAGCAUUUUUGAGCAAUGCUGGGCGGGCUGCCGUGGAGGCUGCUCACCAUAUUUCUGUGCUGAUCGACCGUGCUUCAGCAUACCCUCUCACUGUUCCCUUUGCGGGAUAUUGCGCGUACUCGGCCAGUACGGUUCACAUCUGGGGUAUCUUCUCCAAGAACUCCCAGCUCGAAGCUCGGUCAAAAGAGAACCUACGGCAUACUUAUAGGUAUCUGAACAAAAUGAAGAAAUAUUGGGGAAUGUUCCAUUACAUGGUUGAAAGCGCUAAGGACCGAUAUCGGCAGUUUGCAGAUGCAGCCAUCAAGGGGUCAGUUGUUACACAGAACGGCAGCCAGAUCGCCCCAAUGUUUCAGUAUGGUGAUUGGUUUGACAAAUACCCCCAUGGCGUGUCGAGGCUACAUUGGGAGGAUCCCGAUACCCAAAAGAAGAGUAAGACCGACGACGCUGUGAUGAGCCAGAAGCCCGACCACCAAAGCGUAGAGGACUUCUUUGCCAGUCUCUCCCCUACGCCGCAGCCCAGUGUACCUUGUAGGCAUUCCAGGAAGAGCAGUCGGGGUGAAGGCGUUCCCGAUAUGGGCCUGCCAACCUCUCAGCCGAUGAUUGACAUCAACAUGGAAAACACUCCAGGAAUGCUGGGUACAACUGAAGCUGGGUUUCCCCAACCCACAUUGUACAAUCAGGGCCGUGGGCAGGUUUAUGGCCAGUAUCCGCUCGAUUUCCCUAUUCCAGCCGACCAACUGCCCCAGCUAGACCGACAGUUCGUCUACGGCUCCUUUGACGGUCUCGAUCCCCCAUCCACAACCUUCAUGCCGCCAGACAAUCCGCCCAUGCCUACCAUGGACAGUGCAGGGCCCUCCCCUGCAACACAGGACAACCCCACGAUUUUCACAGGCCACCUAGACCCCAACGCUCCGUCUGGAGUGGGCGAGUUCUACCAGCCAAGCGCCUGGUUCCUUCCGUUCAACCUCGAUCCCGUCAGCGCAGGCGUCAAUCUAGACCCAAACCCCGCACAAGUACCCGGCAGCGGGACCCCAGGUAUGUCGACCUUCAAUGCGGGCAAUAUCCCCAUGGGUACGUACGAUUUGGGGAUGGGUAGGCGUUAAUUGAGCGCCUCAUAUGAAUGAAUAAUGGAGGCGCGACGCUUCAUGUCAGUUAACGACUCUGUUUUCUUGGAUUUGUUUUGGGAUCGAAUUGGUCUUUGGCGAGUUGUUAGGGGUGUACGGAAUGGUUUGGCGAAAAGGUGGCUGGAGUUAUUUACGAUCUCUCGAUAUCUAUACAGUGUAUCUUACGUGUAUAUCUUCU